AUGACAGAAACUAAGCAUAGGACCUCGUUUGACAGCCCUCUGUCUCCAGCAGCACACCGCUCUCCUCAUGUCUCAAACACAGAUCUCAGCAAACUAUCCUUACCAUACACUACUGAUCCGCCUUCCCCCUCAAAUCCGGCUCAGCAGAAAGUAUGGCUCAUAUUCGGCGCAACAGGGCACAUGGGCCGGUCUGUGACCAAGGCCGCUCUGGCACACGACGACAUAGUCGCUGCGGUAGGCCAAUCUUACCAGGACGCGCCGUCGAGCAUGGAAAAGUGGCACGAAGACAGGAACCGCUAUCUAGGCUUGUUAUGCGACGUGCGCAUCCGGUCCAGCGUCUCCUCGACGAUAGAGAAGACGAUGCAGCAGUUCGGCCGCAUCGACAUCAUCGCCAACUGUUCGGGCUACGGCGUGAUUGGCGCCUGUGAAGACCAAGACGAGCACGAGACCCGGAAUCAGUUCGAAACCAACUUCAUGGGCACAUUGAACAUUAUUCAAUUGUCGUUGCCCUACUUUCGGAAACGACAAAGUGGAAGAUAUCUCAUUUUCAGCUCAACGAGCGGCGCACUCGGCGUCCCGGGCCUGGGACCGUACUGCGCGUCCAAAUACGCCGUGGAAGGGCUGAUCGAGAGCAUGCUCUACGAAGUCGCACCAUUCAACAUCAACCUCACGCUAGUAGAGCCUGGUCACUUGAGACGAGACGACAAUACUAAUUUACCGCCGCGGCCGCCGCCGCAACAAUCGGUGUCGCAAACCAAUACCUCCACCGCCAAUGCCGCGGGCGCACCGACCAAUGGGAAGAGCCAGGGACCAGGGCAGACUCAGCCCCAGCAGCAGCCUCCCAAGCAAACGGACCUUCCUCUCUUCGGCCACUUUAAAGUCGCGCGGCCAUCCUCGCCGUACUCGACCAAAGAUUCUCCAGCAGCACACACGCAACGCACGCUACAAUGGAUGGGCUCCAACCAGCCCACCUCGGUGGUCAAAGCCGCCGAACUGGUCUGGCAACUCGGCCACUGUCGGUACCCGCCGGUUCGAUUACUCCUGGGCAGUUUCGCCGUCGAGAGCAUCCGCGACCGGCUCAAGAGCAUCAUCGAGGAGAUCGAGGACUGGAAGCACUUGAGCUUCCCGCCGAUGGAAGGGUUUGAGGAGAAGGAAGAUGACGAGGAGGGAGACGAACAGGAUGAGGGCGUCAAAGAGGAUGAAGGCGCCGAGCAAGGAGAGGAAGAAGAGGAGAGAGAAGGCGAAGGCGAAGACGAAACAGCAGACGGAGAACCCAUAGAAGGGCAAAAGAAGGACGAAGACGCCAGUAGAGACGCACAUGUCAAGCUGGAAAGUCAGAUGGAGUUGGAUGAGUGA